AUGCCCGCCCACUCGCCCCCCGACGACGCCCCCCGCCCCCCGCGCUCCCUCCGCUCCCCGACCGCGGUCGUCCACCUCGAGUACGACAGCACCAGCCCGCCCCCGCCCCCGUCCCCGGAAUGGACGCGCUUCGUCUGCAUCAGCGACACCCACUCGCGCAUGGUCCACGUGCCGCCCGGCGACGUGCUCCUCCACAGCGGCGACCUGACCGCCAUGGGCACCUACGCCGACUUCCAGCGGACCAUGGAUUGGCUCUGCGACCUCCCCCACCGCACAAAGAUCAUCAUCGCAGGCAACCACGAUCUCCCCCUCGACUACCACGACGACUGGUACGUCAAGAACUACGACCGCUGGCAUGGCGUGUCGAAACAGAGCAUCGGCUUGAUCCAGGAUCUCAUACAAGGCCGCAGAGCCGCCAAGUCCGGAAUCGUCUACCUCGAAGACGACCAUUACGAAUUUUGCGCCAAGCCAGACGGUCGGAAAUGGACCGUGUAUGGAUCGCCGUGGUCGCCCUACUUCCACAACUGGGCAUUCAACUACCAGCGCGGGGAAGAGGCCGAGAAGCUCAUGGCCGCGGUCCCCAAGACGGACAUACUAUUGACGCACACGCCGCCGCACGACAUCCUCGACAAGACGACGGUCGGGAACGAGCACGUCGGGUGCGAGGCGCUCGCCGCCCGCCUCCCCGCGCUGCGCCCGCGCCUGCACGUCUUCGGACACAUCCACGAGGACCACGGCGCGGUCCUCCGCGAGUGGCCCGCCCCCGGGUCGCCGUCGGGCGCACCGCUGCCGGAUGAGGGCGAUGCGGUGGCUGCGGGCGCGGCCUCGAGCCGGGACGCGGAGCAGACUGUCUUUGUGAACGCGGCGAAUUGGCCCAUGGGCCCGCGGGCCUGCCGCCCGGGCGGCGGGCGAGUCCAGUUCGGGGAGGCGCCCUUUCAGCCUGUCAUUGUGGACUUGCUAGACGACGCUUGA